AUGGGAUUCAUCAACAAAUGGCAGUUCGUAUAUUUAGCCUUGGUCAUCUCAUUGGGAACUUGGGCCAAGUACAAUGUUGAAGCUACGUCCCGUAGUCUCCAAGACGCGUCCACACUCAAGAUUAGGCACGAGGAGUGGAUGUCUCGCCAUGGGAUUGUGUACAAAGACGCCGAUGAGAAGGCGAAGCGUUUCGAGAUAUUCAAAGAAAAUGUGGCGCGCAUAGAAGCUUUUAAUCGAGCUGCCAUCAAACCUUACAAGCUCGGCAUCAACAAGUUUGCGGAUCUUACAAAUGAAGAGUUCAUAACAAAGAGAAAUAAGUUCAAGGCACAUGUUUGUGAUUCUGGACGAGCAAUCAGUACUUCUUUUAAGUACGAGAAUGUUACUUCAGUUCCUUCAGCUCUCGACUGGAGAAAGAAAGGAGCUGUCACGCCUGUCAAAGAUCAAGGCCAGUGCGGAUGUUGUUGGGCGUUUUCAACAGUUGCAGCCAUGGAAGGAAUCACAAAGCUAUCAACUGGGAAGCUGCUCUCAUUAUCCGAGCAAGAGCUGGUCGACUGCGAUGUCAAGGGUGAGGACCAGGGCUGUAAUGGCGGAUUAAUGGAUGAGGCCUUCAAAUUCAUACAGCACAACGGCGGGCUCACCACAGAAGCCAACUAUCCUUAUGAAGGUGUCGAUGGAACUUGCAAUGCCAAGAAGGAAGCAACCCAUGCCGCGAAGAUAACAGGGUACGAAGAUGUCCCUGCAAACAGCGAAAAGGACCUACUCAAAGCCGUCACCCAUCAGCCUGUAUCAGUGGCCAUUGAUGCCAGCGGGUUUGAGUUCCAGUUCUACUCUGGUGGUGUCUUCACCGGAGCCUGUGGCACAAAUUUAGACCAUGGAGUUACAGCCGUUGGAUAUGGUGCCACCAAGGAUGGGACCAAGUAUUGGUUGGUGAAGAACUCAUGGGGAAAACAAUGGGGUGAGAAAGGUUACAUUAGAAUGCAGAGAGAUGUUGAUGCCAAGGAAGGACUGUGUGGCAUAGCCAUGAUGGCUUCUUACCCCACAGCUUGA